AUGGUGGGCGUUCCGCAUAGUACGGGCUGCGCCCUUUGUCGCAAGAGACAUAUCAAGUGUGACGAAUCAAUUCCUGGAUGUUCGCAAUGCCGACGGUAUGGCCGCCCCUGUCCGGGGUACCGUCGCAUCUUUCGAUUUCAAGAUGAAGGCCCCAGCUUCCAGCAGCGACGUCGGUCGAUGCCACGAGGAAAAAGUCGUGGGGCGCCAUGGGGCUUGAUUACUUUCAGUGCUCCUUCAUCCAUCAUGUCCAUCUCGGUUAGGGAUGAUGGUAAUAUCGAGGAGGUGCAGCGAAAAGAGAAUAAUAGCGCUGCUGCCCUUGGGCUGUGCAGCCCUUUCAUUUUGUUCAUUGCAUUAGCGCUUCCUGGCCUACGCUUUAUUAUCACAACCGCUUUCGGGCCGGACUUUGCGGAAUACGUUGUAAAGCUCAUUGGCAAAGAUCAGUAUUUGGAUGCUGCCAUCUCGUGUCUAGGUGCAGUUUACAUGGCACGUGUGACGGAGAAUCCGAUAUUACUUCGCAACAGCCGAGAGAUGUAUGGCAUCUCCCUGCGUGGACUCUUUCGUGCUCUGUCCAACCCCGAUCAGGCCCUGUCUGAUAGCAUGCUCUUCGCGACCAUGAUGCUGAGUGCAUACGAGAUGUAUGCCCGAACAAAACCUGAAGCCUGGGUUAUCCAUGCCGAUGCAUCUAGAAGGCUUGUGGAAGCUCGUGGCCCGAAGCUACACAAAUCAGGUUUUGGACGGCUAUUGUGGUCGACUUUUCGGGGCUUCUACAUUGCGACGGCAAUCUAUCAGGGAAAGGCAUGCUUUCUCGAUGAAGAGGAAUGGCGACAAUAUACUCGACAAUUCAUGGCCGAAGACGCCCAGAAGCCUGGAGAGUGGGCUUGCUAUUCUUACCUCUCAGACAGCGUGUUCAUGGAAGCCGUCAAAUGCCCAGGAUAUGUUGCUGAAGCACGCGAAAUGCUUUCAGACUUGGAAAAACCAGACCCGGAAGCCACCCAUUCGCUCAUGCACAGGAUUGCAGAGACAUCUGAAACACUGCAUAGACUCAGUCUGGCGCUACGCUCCACCCUCAAUGCUCACGCCGAGCGCCAACGGGGCAUCAUUCAGCGACCAGAAAGCUUUAUUGGUCCUGCUCCGGAGCUCUUUCCAGAUACCGGGCCGUCCCUAGUUGUCAAUGGUGCGGACGACAUGCAAGCCGCACUUCAGCAGUUAUGUGAUUUACUUCAAGAUCAACUUCGUAUUGAAGACACGGACGCUCUCUCUCCGGAGACUACCACGCAAACUCCAUCCAGCGAUGGCAGCGCGGCUUCUCCUGCGUUGUCUCAUUCAAUUCCAAAGGCAUGCGCUCUCCCUCUUCGGAUCUCUUCUGAACUUGGGCGUGGUCCCUUGCGGGUUGCGGAGCAUAAGGAUUCUCGAACCACCUUUUGGCUGGAUUGCAUUGGCUCAUCAAUGGGCAUGCUGGGUACGAGAAUUGUAGAGGAAGACAAGGAAGAAGAUUAUCGCGCGAGUCUUUUUGAUGGAGACACACCUUGA